GCCUCUCUCUGUACUGUUUUGCUUCGCGUGUGCACAGAUUUCUCCACAUUUAUGUCAUGAUGCAUCCGAUUUAAGGGCAAGUUAAAACAUGCCGAAGUCUGUGAAGAAGUCGUGCACCAGUCAGACCUCCAUCAGCAGUUAUUUCGGAGGACUGAGCAGCAGCAGCAGCAGCAGCAGCAGCUCAAACACUCAGAGUGGGAUCAACCAAAAUCCUGCUAAGCACCAGCUUUUGAGAGGCAAGAAGAAACUCUCCCCUGAUGACGAUUUUGGAUUGCCAUCAAAACGAGCUAAGCCUCAGGCACACGUGGAGGAUUUGGACUGUCAACCAGCAUCCGGUCAGAGCACUGAAGAGAAGACGCUAACAACGAGCCGAGGAGCAGCCGUGCUCUGCUCGUCCACCUUGGAGAAGCUGAAAGGCUUCAGCUGCUCGGCUGAGCUCAGCGUCGGACAGAGUGACACUCAGAGGGGAGAAAAGAGGGCAGAUGGGGCUGUCAGUAAAACCCAGAACCAAGGGAGCAGCGUUUUACCUCCUCUGGACGUUACAGAUCAACACAGGCGUAAAAAAGGACAACAGACAGAGGAGGAGUGUGAGGAUGACGAGGAGGAGGUCGAAGAAAUGGAGAGUUCAGUUCUGGCUGCUUCAAAACAGGAGUUCCGCUUGUCUCAGUUUGCCAAAACAGGAAGAGGAGGAGGAGGGGGAGGAAGGAGCGGCGUGCAAAGUUCUGCGUCUGACUCUAGCGGCCCCUCCAGGCGCUCAAAGAGUGUCUACACCCCCCUGGAACAGCAGGUCAUCCAGCUGAAACAGCAGCAUAAGGAUGUGCUGCUGGCUGUGGAGUGUGGAUACAAGUACAGGUUCUUUGGAGAGGAUGCAGAGAUUGCUGCAAAAGAGCUGAAUAUCAUCUGUCACCUGGAUCAUAACUUCAUGACCUGCAGUAUCCCCACGCACCGUUUGUUUGUUCACGUCAGGCGGUUGGUGUCUCAUGGACACAAGGUUGGUGUGGUAAAGCAGACGGAGACGUCUGCGAUCAAGGCGUCAGGGGCCAAUAGGAACGCUCUGUUCGCUCGUCAGCUGAGUGCUCUGUACACCAAGUCCACUCUGGUGGGAGAGGACGUGAAUCCGGUCUGCAGACUGGGGGGUGUGGAGGAGGAAGGCUGUGGUGACGUAGUGUCGGAUCCUCCUGACAGCUUCCUGCUGUGCAUCAGUGAGAACUGGGACAAACUGAAGAAGCAGCUCACUGUGGGACUGGUGGCGGUACAGCCCGGCACAGGAGACGUGUUACUAGACUCUUUCCCUGAUGGUCAGUCUCGCUCUGAGCUGGAGAGUCGUGUCCUAAAGAUCAACCCUGUGGAGAUCCUGGUGCCCUCUGACCUCUCCGAGCAAACCAGCAGACUCCUGCAGAGCAUCGCCAAUGCCAGUGCUCAGGCUGAUGACCGAGUGAGAGUUGAGAAGAGGGACAGCGCUCAGUUUGAGUUCACCUCUGCAAUGAACACAGCGACUGAGUUCUACUGCCACACCCAGGAGAAAGGCUCUCGCUCUCUGUCAAGUGUAGCAUCCUUGGAGAGUCCACUGAUCUGCUGUCUGGGGCCGCUCAUCCAGUACCUCCAAGAAUUCAACCUAGAAAGAGUUCUUCAGAGUGAAAGCUCAUUCAAGCGUCUCUCCUGUGAGUCGGAGAAUAUGAUCCUCAGUGCCGCCACCCUAAGGAACCUAGAGAUCCUCUGCAAUCAGACAGAUGGUGGUGUGAAGGGCAGUCUGUUGUGGGUGUUGGACCACACACGCACUUCAUUUGGGAGGAGACUGAUGAGGAAGUGGGUGAGCCAGCCGCUCACAGACUCACAGUCUAUCUCAGAGAGGCAGGAUGCCGUGCAGGAGAUCCUGGAGUCGCACUCUCUCACUUUAAAUUCCAUCAAAUCCCUGCUGUCGCAUUUACCCGACCUGGAGAGAGGCAUCUGCAGCAUAUACCACAAAAAGUCUUCCACGCAGGAGUUUUACCUCAUUACCAGCAGUCUGUCUCGCCUGGGGCUUGAACUUCAGGCCUUGCUCCCAAUCAUCCAGUCACAGAUCAGCUCUGCGCUGCUGCGGGGCCUCCUGUUGGACACUCCUGACCUGCUGGCUCCAGCCCACAGCCACCUCAAGGUGCUCAAUGAAAAGGCCGCCAAGUCGGGGAAUAAGACAGAGCUGUUCUCAGAUCUGUCCAGCUUCCCAGUGCUGCAGGAAAGGAGGGAGCAGAUCCAGACCGUCGUGGACGAGAUUCAAGACCACCGCAAAGAAAUCCGACUGACGCUGAAGGCCCCGGCACUCGACUACACGUCCGUCUCUGGACAGGAGUUUCUGAUUGAGGUGAAGAACUCGCUGUCGUCUACUGUUCCACCUGACUGGGUCAAAAUCAGCAGCACCAAGGCAGUCAGCAGGUAUCACUCUCCCUUCUUGGUGGAGCGCUACAAGAAGCUGCUGCAGCUCCGAGAGCAGCUGCUGCUCGACUGCCAGAGGGAGUGGACUAAUUUUCUGGAUCAGUUUGGGGAGCACUAUCACACCAUGAAAAGGGCUAUUAGUCACCUAGCAACCAUGGACUGUCUCUUUUCAUUGGCUGAGGUGGCUAAACAAGGGGACUAUUGCAGGCCAGAGGUGUGUGAAGGUCAGCGUCAGAUUGUGAUCAGGGACGGCAGACACCCUGCCAUCAACCUGCUGAUGGGAGAGAACAACCAGUAUGUGCCCAACCACACCGAACUGCAGGGUGAUGGCAGGAGAACAAUGAUAAUCACUGGUCCUAAUAUGGGGGGUAAGAGCUCCUACAUCCGCCAGGUGGCCCUCAUCAGUGUGAUGGCUCAGAUGGGCUCCUAUGUCCCGGCUUCUGAGGCCCGCCUGGGCAUGCUGGACGGCAUUUACACCAGGAUGGGGGCUUCAGACAACAUCUACAAAGGGCGCAGCACGUUCAUGGAGGAGCUGACCGAAGCUUCGGAGAUCAUUUCCCACGCAACCGAACGUUCAUUGGUCAUCCUUGAUGAGCUGGGACGGGGCACGAGCACCCAUGAUGGGAUUGCCAUCGCCUAUGCCACCCUGGAGUACUUCAUCAGAGAUGUUAAAGCCCUCACCCUGUUUGUGACCCAUUACCCUCCUCUGUGUGAGUUGGAGCGCGUUUAUCCUCAACAUGUGUCUAACUACCAUAUGGCGUUCCUACUCAAUGAACCUGACAUCACCACUGACACUGACGAUGGAGAGGUUCAGCCAGAGUUCAUCACUUUCCUCUACCAGUUAACUGAAGGGGCUGCAGGGCGGAGCUACGGCCUGAAUGUGGCCCGAUUGGCUGACAUCCCAGAUGCUAUACUACACUCUGCUGCACGCAAAGCCAGAGAGCUGGAGAGCAUGGUCAACGCCAGGAGGAAAAACAAGAAACUUCUCUCAGACCUUAUGAGCAUCUCGGAUAGAUCUUCCCUCAUGGAGUGGCUGCAGUCAAACUCUUGACAGGGCUGCAGCAGUUUUCGGCACCAUGUGGACACACACAUGAAGAGGAGAGAACCCAGCUAUGCUCAAAGAAGCAAA